GUUUAUCAUAGAAACACCGAAAAUGAACGAAUUUGACAAAUCAGCUGAUGAAGUUUAUGAAAUCGAGCGUCAGCAUUAAUUACUUUAUAUAGAACAUGAAAGAAAACAAACUAAAGUUUAAUAUUUUCAUAUUUAACUCUUACAGCUACGAAACAACAAAGUAAAAUUACCUUCAAGCUACUAGUACAGAGACAUUUACCAGAAGAUGCACAAGAUUGGGAUUAUGAAUUAUGGUUACUUACAAUUUCACAUACUCAUAUAUACUGUGUAUAUAAAUAUUUUUUCUUGAAAAUAACAGUAUUGAUCAUUUAUCAAAAAUAAGCCAUGUUCGACUUGACAGAGAAGGAAUUUGUCAUAUAGAUAAUAUGGAAUUAUUCGGUACCCAUGUAACAAAUCUCUAUCUACAACAUAAUAAUAUCACGUCGAUCUCAAAUCUAGAAUGUCUCCCAAAUUUAAGAUUUAUCGUUCUGAGUUCAAAUAAAAUAACAAAAGUACAAGGACUACAAAGUCUCAAGAAGUUAGCUUUUCUUGACUUGGCUGAUAAUUUAAUAGAGUCUUUUGAUAUAGAUGAAUUUCCUCAGUCAAUUGUCAUUUUAAAUAUGAAAGGCAAUCCGGUUUCAAAGGGUAAUGACUACCGAGGUAGCAUCAUUCAAGAUUUGCCAAAUUUACAACAAUUGGAUCUAACGACUGUAACAAUAGAUGAAAAAAGAGAUGCCGGUUAUAAAGUGUCUUCUGAAGAAGAAGAAGAGGAAGACGACGAAGAAGAAGAUAACGUCAAUGAUAUUCCCGAAUUAGAUAAUAAUACUAUAGCAUCCCCUCGACCACGGGACCUAAUUACCGAAAUGCUAAAAAGAUCUCAAGAUAGAUUGGAAAAGAACCUAAUUGCCUCAAAAGGACGAAAGAAUGAUAUUAAAAAUGUAAGAAAUGAGAGAAAUACCUAAAAAAAGAAAAAGAAAAAGACUUGUUAUCUUUUAUUAAAUUCUUAUCUUUUAUUUGUCUUUUUGUUAUUUAUUUUAAUUUAAAUAUGAAAAUAUAAAAUACUGCAAAAAUAAAAAACAGAAACAAAACGUGUACAAUAAAACUAG